CGCCGUGCAGAAAAUGUGCCACACUGAUUUUGUGCAAUGUACUGAAACUCUUUCACGUGACUGGUAAUAUUGCAGUUUUGCAUAGACGGCAAUUAAUUGAAUUUUUUUUGCUGUAAAGUAGUGAUUUCAUUUUCUACUGGCACUAGCAGUGAAGUUGUUUCCAGGUACUACUGGGCUCGACGGCUCGAAACAAAAUGGCGGGAAUAUCGACCGCUAUUGUUCGACCGAUGAUUACGAUAAAUGCCAGUGAGCUUGCAAGUGUAAUGGCUCGUCAUCAAUACCAACCAAGACAAAAAACCAUGCUUAAAGUUUGGCAGAGAACUGACCAACGAACAUUUUGCAUUGCUAACGCUCUAGAAUAUAAAAGCAACAUUUCAGCGGUUAUUCGUCAUUACUAUGAAACUGCUGAUGUUCAAGCGACGAAAACAAAGGACACUCUGCUAAACGGUCUUGUUGACAAAUGGGACCAGAAUGAACAGAGUUUUAUUCAAGUAAUGAAGGUUAUAUUUCCCGAGAAUGGAUCAAACGAUCAUUUUGAGAAGCUACGUUUCGAAAUCCUGAAAGAAUUGAAAUACCUUACUUACUGCCGUGAAGAAAGAGUCUUGUACGAAUCCCAAAUUCGAAGCAAUGAUUUCCUUCAAGAACUUCAGAAGCUGUGCAAAGAUGAAAAUAGACCAGUUUCCGAGUCAGCAAAAGAGAUUUGUGAGAAACAAGGAAUAAACAGUGAUGAAGUCAUUAAAGCAGUUGAAUCAAAACUCACAAAGGACAGAGGUACGAAACUUGAAAGCAAAACUAUUGAUGCCUUUGGUAAGGACAAAGAGAUCGAUUACUUUAAAGCAGAAGAUACUAUUGAGUUGAAAUUCAUGAAUUGCGGAGGGGUGGAAUGGGUCCUUCAAGGACGUGCAGAUGCCUUAGUGGAAGAUGAAGUGAUUGAGGUUAAGAACAGGACAAAUCGAUUCAUGCAGCCCAUUUAUGAUUUAAUCCAAUUACAAGCUUACCUUUUCUUAUAUAACAAAGAAAAAGGGGUUCUAUUAGAAAGAUUGAAAGGAGAAAACAAAGAAUCCAAAUUUGAAUUUAAAGAAGGAUUUUGGAUUGAUGAUGCAAUACCAGCAAUGAAGGAUUUUGUGGAAGAACUACAGAAUUUGAUUGAGAAGAGCAAAAAUCAGUUCUCUGAGGAUCGAUCCCAUACCUCCCCCUGCAAAAGGCACUUUGAAAAAUAUGACAACUCUCCCAUUAACAAAAAACCCUGCUCUGAAUAGUAAGAAUAAGCAACAAAUUACCGAUUUUAAUAUGAAAUAUUGUAUAUGAUAAUUAACAUAUUAUUCAUAAGCAAACACAAGGGCAGAGACAAGAAUAACAAUCAAGAAAACUACUAACAACUUUUCAGGCUGCUGGUAGAUACCACUGUUUAUCACAUGAAAAUACUGGAGGAGUUGACUUGUGAUCUUUUUGAAAGACUUUUUUGGAAGUGAUCUGGUACUUUGUGGUAUAGUGAAUUGCACAAUUGUAUAGAAUAUUAAGUCACAAGUGUGUACAAUGAAUAUUUAUUUUUGCUGAUGCUCUUGUAGAGUUAUUGCACUUAAACUGUGCAAGUAUACAAAAUCUAAGUAAUACUAAUUUGUACUAAAAGUGGAUCUGAAGCAAGA